UUACGCUCUUCGCUAACAGCCGUAAAGAUGCGUUCAAAGAACACUCAAAAUGUCAGUCAAAUGACAACUCACUUUCUUGCCAAUGAGGAAGAAACUUCCUGCACCUCUACGGAUGUGCGUCAUCCUCCACAAAAGCCAGCAUGUCGCCGCUACUUCUCCGCAGUUUGUCGUCGUUCCUUGCCGGUUCCCCGGGGGCCCGAGUGGUGGCGGCAGUAGCCGGUUUCAGCAGCGCUCUGGGCGGCAUGCAGCUAAGUCACUCCCCGGAGGUGGAACUCAGGAAACUGCCCGAGAAGGACGAAGGCAUUGCGGAAGUGCGCAUGUGCAGACAUAGCGCUCGGAACGCUUUGGGUCAUGUGUUUGUGUCUCAGGUGUGUAUGCAUGCAUGCAUGCAAUGCAAAACACGCAUGAUGACUCGAGUCAAGCAUUUGUGUGAGCAGAUGAGGGAGCUGCUGUCCAAGGUGUCCAGUGACUCGACAGUGCGCGUGCUUGUCUUCAGGAGUUUAGUUCCUGCUGUUUUCUGUGCAGGCGCAGAUUUAAAAGAAAGGGCUUUAAUGAACAACCAGGAGUCGGAUCUGUUUGUUCACGGCCUGCGCUCCCUCAUGACUCAGAUCGCCUUGUUGCCAAUGCCUACCAUAGCCGCCAUUGAUGGCGUGGCUGUGGGAGGUGGACUAGAGUUGGCUUUGGCCUGUGACCUCCGCACUGCUGCAUGUUCUGCACAGAUGGGCCUGAUUGAGACGACGCGGGGGCUGCUCCCUGGGGCCGGGGGAAGUCAGCGACUGCCUCGCACGGUGGGACUGGCACUGGCCAAAGAGCUUAUCUUCACAGGGCGGCGCGUGGGGGGUCAAGCGGCUGCCGAGAUCGGGCUGGUGAACAGAGCGGUGCAGCAAGACCAGACAGGAGAGGCGGCUUACCACGAAGCGCUCGACCUGGCCAGAGAGAUCCUGCCUCAGGCUCCAAUCGCUGUACGGAUGGCCAAAGAGGCGAUGAACAGAGGCAUGGAGGUUGACAUCACCUCAGCGAUGGCCAUAGAGAGGAUGUGCUACGCUCAGGUCAUCCCGACGCGGGACAGACGGGAGGGAAUGGCGGCCUUCCUAGAGAAGAGACCACCGCAAUAUAUUGGCGAAUAAGCUGUUUUUAUUUGGGCGGGGUGAAUCACUCAUUUUUUUUCCCCCUUUGUGCUAGCAACACUAACUCAUUCAGGAAAAAAUGUCAUAGCUAGAACUAAACAGUAAAAUGUUCAUUUGCUAAGACUAAUUAUAACCAAAUACUUGCACUUAUUUUUUAUUACAAUGACUCAAAUAAUAAGGAACAAAAUAAUUAAUAGUAUACAAUAAAUGUGAUGCAACAAGCAAAUACAUAUUCCAUUACCGCAUUGAAGCUAACAAACAUGCUCAUCAUGAUAAAUAUCUUCCAAGGAUAAAAUCAUAAUACGAGAAAAAAGUCAUUUACUAAAGCACAUCAUUCUGUGUAGCUUUUUUUUUUUUUUUCCAUAUUCUUUGUGUUCUCAUUUUACAGCACCUUAAGUAUCAUCGCGGCAUGCUCCGGCUCAAAAUCCUGUCGACUUUGUCGUAUUUGUAACAU